GCAUCAUCUGCCCUCAUUUCUUUAUUCAGAAAGCCUUAUGAAGUGCCGGGAGACUCAGCCAUGAUGUGGCGAGGAUACAGAUACAUCAGUUGUUUACUAUGAUUUUUUUACAGUCACUGUAAUGAAAGUGCCGUGAUCAAGUAAGAAAUCGUUUUGGAUUCGGAGUAAAGCGGCGUUCGCGCAUCUCUGUCAGGUGAUUUGAUGUAGCCUAGUCUGUGAUCGGUGGCACAUGCGUGCAUAGACAACACGACCGCGCGAGAUAUUUAGACAUGGCGAGGAGCUGAAUUUGCAGGAUUGUGCUUAAACGUAACUGAGGAGGUUAGAAGAGUAAAAUUCAUCUGCAGCUGAGUCCAUAUGGGCUUUUUAGAGCUAUCCGAGAAACACCGACGUUCAGUUGCAUGGGGCUAUUUUCUCAUCUGCGAGCGGUUCUACUCCUGCACUGUCAUCUUGUUUUCACUACUUCAGAUAUAAUCAAUACUGGCAAGAAUUACACCAAGACAUAUGAGAACAUCAUCCUUCUUUGCAAAAAGGAGAAGGUCAGAAUUGGAACCUGUUUGGUGGAUCGUUUAAGAUGUUACUAUAGGAAAGACUGUGGCAGGGAGUACAUGUUGAUGAAACUGAUUUGUUCAGCGAGCUCAAACCUGAGCAGUCAUGCUCAUGAGUACCCAGACUGCCAAGAAGGGGGUAAUGAAACCAGCCUGCUGGUGUCCCCUCUGGUGGUGGCUGGCAUCGUCAUCGGCCUGGUGCUCUUCCUCUCCUGCGUCACCAUCAUUGUGGGCAGUCUGCGCAAAGACAGCCGCCUGCGCAACCCCCACCUGCAUGCCAGCUACGCUCCAGAUGGCCUCUCAUAUGGUGGCUCCAUUGGAGAGCUGAGGUCCACUUGUGUUGAGGACUUUCCCCCUGCGUUUGAUUUUGACUCUUACGUGGAGACAGUAUCACAAGUCAACGUCGCGUACCCAGACUCCCCACCUCAUUAUGAUGAGUGUGUGGGACAAGGGACACAGAUAUAUGUUCCUGCGGACGAUCCGCCCCCCUACUCCCUCACAGACCCGUGCCUGGAGCAUCCUGCCACACACCGUCACAGAGAGAUGGUGGAUCUGCUCGCUGGUGCAUCCUGGGUGUCAGCAAGUGGCUCUUCCCAUUACCCAAGCAGACCACAGGUCUUCAGGCUCCAGCCAAUCACCUCCAUCUCUUUGUCAGCCUUACCUUUAGAUGAGGCGCCCCCAUACGAGGCAGUAGUGAGUGAACAAAACCACCAUCUUCCUCUGAUGCCCCUGGAUCUGCUCAAACACACUACAGCAGACAGCAGUCCACAGGACAGUGUUUCCCACACGAUCCUGUAAUGCGGGACUCUCCUGUACACUCAUAUGUCACGGUACCAAACCAGCUACAUGAGGGACUCUGUUGUGUGGCUGGGGCCUUCUGAAUCGAGAGCUGAAACUGACACCUGCAGGAGCCCACAAUUACCUCUCACUUCGGCCGACACAGACACUGCACCUCAUGUUUUCUGUGACACAGAGGGAGCUGCCAUGAGAGCACAGGGCUAUCGACCACUUUUUUGUGUGAAACCUCACCUUGUCUUUUGCUUAUAGUGUAAUUAGAUGUCAAUAUGUGUCUUCUUUUACUGGUAGACUGAUAGAUGAUUUCAAUUUCACAAGCGCCAAUUUCAGCAUCCAUUGAAGUGUGCCCUUCUGGAUGUCAGAAAAGAACAGAAAGCCUCUCAGUAAACCUGGGGCCGUAACAGAGAAAUCUACUAGUGCUGUCAAAUGAUUCAUCGCAUCCAAAAUAAACAUUUUUGUUUGCAUAA